AUGUCCUUGAAGAAUACCAUUCAACAACUUGUCUCAUCCAACAAGGUUACAAUCUUCUCCAAGACUUAUUGUCCAUACUGUACAAAUGCCAAGAAGCUCUUUGCUGAAUUAGGAGUUGAUUAUAAAGCAAUUGAAUUGGACACAAUGAAGGAAGGAACUGAAUAUCAAAAUACUCUCAAGGAAAUGACUAAUCAAUCAACUGUUCCAUCUGUGUGGGUUAAUGGUGAAUUCAUUGGAGGAUUCAGUGAUACAUCAAAGCUCCACCAACAAGGAAAGCUCGUUUCCAAGCUCGGAUUGUAA